CCCGUGCUUUGGACAACAACAUUCCCUGACUUCAUCGACACUUUGUAACAGCUUCAAUUAUAUCGUAUUAUCUGUACACUACAUCUUAUUCCCUCUACGAGAUAUUCAUAGCCUUUUCGGUCUAUUCUUAGUUUUACAGUGUUUGCUCUUUUAAUGAAUUCUGGCGAUGUUGAUCAUCACUAGAGGAAGUAUCUCCAGCACCCAAAAUUCUGCCUUCAAGGCUCGGCAUAUGAUUCCAAGGCUGCUUAUCUUUAUAUGCCCGAUGUCAGUACAUAUCUUUGGGCGUAUAGACUAGCUGUACAGCCUGAGGGCCUCACAAGUGGGUCGACUCCAUGAACACAGCCCCCACCUGAUCCUUUAGCCAUCUUCAGCAGAAGUCCUGUGAGCGCGAUUCGCAGGACUUACAUGGCUGUCAACACGAAUGGAAGACCAUUAGUGACUGCCAGCGAGCUAGUUUUAUUGCCGAUCUGCCCUUUGAGUUCAAGAACCAAGGUGCAAAAGUCCCGGUGGCAUAAGGCUGGGAUUCUUGGCGGAAGGGAAUCCAUUGCAGAUAGCCCAUGGUAGGACUAUUCCUCUCCAGGACCUCGUUCACUUCGGUGAAGUUGUCCAAGUCAACUAGACCGGUUAGAACAAGGCCCAUGCUCUGUCCAGAGACAACGUCUACGUACUAGUCGUGGGAGGCUGCUUCGGUCAACCAGCUGUAGUAAGCGUUCAAGUGACUGCCUGUCUGCCAUGCAGCCACGAAUUGACCGAUGGCUUUUCAUCCAACCGGAACGCCAUGAAGAGCCUCCCGGCAAUUGCAAGCUUGCAGAAACCGUCUGAAUAUGUCCAGAACGCCCCUCACGUGUUAGUCAUUUCUAAGCCUCUCCCCGAAGAUGCACAUUCAUUCCUUCUGAAGGUAUAUAUGGGAGAAAGGUUUGUGUUACACAGAAAUAUCAAUAUUGUUCUCCCAACUCUUGUAUCUUGUUCUUUCAUUCACAUUUGUACUGCUAGAUACAUUUCAUGAUUGUGCGAGCUUUCCAGACGGGGCAAGGCUACAGCCUCACCUGAACACCAGGACUUUCCGGAUUCUCGAGGUUCCUUGUGACCAAUAUGGCCACUGAAGCUUGGAAAGGCUUCAUCCAUUCAUGGCAUACACUGGGCAUCGUUCUAAAGUGGAUGUGUAUGACAGUAGUUGGCAUCCCACUUGCGUUCGCUACUUGCGUGUUGGUUGCUCUGGCUGCACUUGCAUUCGGGCUUCUCUGUAUCGGAGCAGCUGUAGGAGCAUGUGCCCUGGUGUUCUAUAUUUUGAAAGGAACAUGGUUGACGAUACGUCGAAUCCCGUAUUGGAUUGAGGAUAUCAAGAUAUUCCGUGCAGAGCGGAGACUCAUGAGGCUACCCAUUGCAAAUGCUCGUGGGCUUCAACUAGAGCAAUGGAAUGGCCAAGCGAGGUGUAUUCAGAGACCAGUUCAGAUGGUUCCCUCUGGAUAUAUGCCUGGACCUGGAGAUAUUCAACCACCGCCCAAGGCUCACUUACGUGCGGUAUCAACAGAAAAACCUGCCGGCCCAGUAGGCGAUCUUCAAGCGAUGAUUGAAUGUCUAGUUUGCUUCGAAGAAAAGAAAGUAGCCGACUUCCCAGCUAGGCCACCAACUUCUGAAUGUGGGCAUAAAGGCGAUACGUGCUGCGUUUCAUGUCUACAACAGAGCAUCGCUUCGGCGUUCGAGAGCAACAUCUGGGAUGACAUCAGAUGUCCAAUCUGCAACCUUCAACUCCAGCACAACGAUGUAGCCGAAUUUGCAUCUCCAGAGAUAUUCGAAAGAUACGAUACCCUCAGCACCCGUCGGGCCCUUGAAAACGACGUCCCCAACUUCCGCUGGUGUCUCGGACCCAACUGCACCUUUGGGCAAGAACACCCGGAGUCACCAACCGAAGAACCCAUAUCUGUGUGCAGCUCCUGUGGUUUCGUCUCCUGCGCACAUCACAAUAUACCAUGGCAUUCCGGCGAGAAUUGCGAAGAGUAUGAUACGAGGGUGAAGGCUGGUGCGGAUUUGACGGACAGGAAGAGUCAGAAGACGAUUAAAAGGAUUGCGAAGAGGUGUCCAGGCUGUCAGAGGUAUAUUAACAAGAAUGGCGGCUGCCAGCAUAUGUCUUGUUUGUGUGGGAAGCAGUUUUGUUGGCACUGUUUGGCGGAUUAUCCGCACCACUCUUGGGGGUGCGUUAGACGUGGGUAGAAUGGUUUUGUCACUAUUACGUUUGUGUCACCGGCUUCCGUCUAGGAUGUUGACUGGAUUUUGUUACCUCGCUCUGGUAGAUUUGGGAGUUCUCAUUUAGUCAACCCGAAUAAAGCGGGGCCAAUCACUCAAAAUGUAUGCUCAGGAGCCUCUCUAUCAUAUGUUAAUGACCCCAAACCCUCUAUUCCUUUACAAGUACCUAAACCACAUCAAAACAUUGGAAC